AUUAUUCAGUCUGCUUUUAUGUUUCAUAUUGUUCUCUUUACACUUCUUUACAGCUGUACUUCUGGUUCUUUAUAUAACAAUAAUCCAAGUACACUGAAUUCCUUCAGUUGAAAGCUGGUGAAUGAACUCGAAGCAGAAGAGAGGGGCAGAUGUGGGAGGGAUAGAGAGUGAUGGAGGGGAGGAGGGAGAACGAGGGACAGAGUGAGUGAGGACCUCAUCUCAGUGCUGCACUCUUUCCUUCAUUCACUUUCCCCUCAUCAGGGACUUAUGUGACUCCAAGCUGCCAGAGGACAAACUCGGAGCAGGCAUGGCGCUGGGCCUCUAUAUCUAUCUCUGUCUGCUGUCUCUCCUCCUCCUGCGCGCUCACGCGGUCCCCCGCUCGGGCGGCAGAACAGCGCGCGCUCCCGCCGCCUCCGCCGCUAAGGUCCGUCUGGCGGGAGUCGGACGCAGAGAGAACGAAGGGCGCGUGGAGGUUCUGCACAACAGCACGUGGGGAACCGUGUGCGACGACCAAGUGGACAUUAAACUGGCCAAUGUGGUCUGCAGAGAACUGGGCUUCCAGAGCGCGAUCACGUGGGCGCACAGUGCCAGAUAUGGAGAGGGAGAGGGUCCUAUUUGGAUGGAUAAUGUGCGCUGUGAAGGUACUGAGAAAUCUCUGAAAGACUGCAAGUCAAAUGGAUGGGGAGUCCACGACUGCAAGCACUCAGAAGAUCUGGGGGUGGUGUGCAGUCCUGAAAGGAGGCUGGACCAGGUGCACCCUGGUGUCUCUAGAAGAGGCCAUACCAUUUCUCUUAGAACCAAUAUUACCACCUCAAACCGGUGGCAAGACAUCUACUCCAGUCCAAGGUCUCCAGCUGGUUGGCAUGGGAAUGCUCACCCUCAAGACUUCUCCAGACAGCAGUUCUCCAGACAGCAGUUACAUUAUCCGUCCGGCAGUAAGGUGAAGAUCGAGGAGGUCCGUCUGCGGCCGAUUUUGAUGGUCACCAAGAAGCGUACAAUGGUGACAGAAGGAGUGGUGGAAGUGAAGCAUGCUGGGAGAUGGAGGCAGGUCUGCGAUAAAGGCUGGAGUCUGAACAGCAGCAGAGUGGUGUGCGGCAUGUUGGGAUUCCCUGAUGCAGCACAGCCCAACAUGAACACUUACAAAAAAAUAUGGGAUGAAAAAGUGAAAGAUCCAUCUACCAGGUUGAGUUUUAUGGCCAAAAAGAAGAGUUUCUGGAUGGAGAAGGUGCAUUGCCUGGGUACAGAGUUCAGUAUUACAGAGUGUCAUGCCCAGCUGUCCAUCCCCCGCAGCUCUGGACCCUGUAAGAGUGGCCGUCAUGCAGUGGCCCGCUGUGUACCAGGACCCCAGUUUGCACGCAUGUCCUCAGGAAGACCUCAAGCCCCACAUCCUAUCAAGCCUGUGGUGCGUCUAAAGGCAGGUCCUCGUCUGGGGGAGGGCAGGGUAGAGGUUCUGCGUGAAGGAAAGUGGGGAACCGUGGUUGACCACCUUUGGGAUCGUGUCUCAGCCAGUGUGGUGUGCAGAGAAUUGGGCUUUGGUACGGCCAAAGAAGCUCUUCCUGGAGCAUACAUGGGCCAAGGAACGGGUCCGAUUCACAUGAACUCAGUUCAGUGCACAGGAACAGAGCGCUCUAUCCUGGAUUGCUUCUUCCAAGAGGUCCAGCCCUGGACAUUCAAACACACCCAAGAUGCCUCUGUCAAAUGUAACAUUCCCAAGACAGGAGUGGAGACCACGGUGAGGUUAGCAGGGGGCAGGGAGGCAGGAGAAGGUCGUGUGGAGGUGCUGAUGGAUGUGGGGGGCAGGAAACGUUGGGGAGCAGUGUGCAGUGAGAACUGGGGAAUUAACGAGGCCAUGGUGGUCUGCAGACAGCUGGGCUUUGGCUUCGCUGCACGAGCCCAUCAGGACACAUAUUACUGGCAGGGAGAUCCUAAUGCUCAGGAGGUGCUGUUGAGUGGAUCUCACUGUGUAGGAACUGAACUGUCCAUCCAGCAAUGCCGUCGCAACAACCAUAUCCACUGCCCACGUGGAGGAGGAGCGAAAGCAGCUGGAGUCACCUGUUCUGAGACUGCCCCUGAUCUGGUGGUGGACUCCCAGCUGGUGCAGGAAACGGCAUAUCUGGAAGAUCGGCCACUUCACCUGCUCACCUGUGCUCAUGAAGAGAACUGCCUGUCCUCCUCAGCCAGACGCAUGAACUGGCCAUACGGCCACCGCCGCCUCCUACGUUUCUCCUCCCGUAUCAUGAACAUGGGAAGGGCUGACUUCCGGCCACGUGCUACACGAGAGUCCUGGACCUGGCACCAGUGCCACAGGCACUACCACAGCAUUGAAGUGUUCACACACUAUGACCUUCUCACGCUGAAUGGAACCAGAGUGGCAGAGGGACACAAAGCCAGCUUCUGUCUGGAGGACACAUACUGCCCUGAAGGACUUCAUAAACGCUUCUCCUGUUACAACUAUGGAGAUCAGGGAAUUUCUGUUGGUUGCUGGGACACUUAUCGUCAUGAUAUUGACUGCCAGUGGGUCGAUAUCACGGAUAUUAGACCAGGAGAUUAUAUAUUUCAGGUUGAAGUAAACCCUUCAUUGGACAUGGCUGAGUCUGAUUUUCUGAAUAAUGUAAUGCGCUGUAGAUGCAGAUACGAUGGCCACAGAGUCUUCAUGUAUGGCUGUCACACAGGAGAUGCCUACAGUGCAGAGGUUGAAGAUUUGUUUGAGCACCAACGGCAGAUCACCAACAACUUUAUCUGAGCUUUAUCUUGAGUGAGGAGUGAGAACAGCAUGUACUGGGGUGGUUCCUGGAAACAUGGCCACCAACACUAUGGACUUUGAGGAGAAUCUCCUCUUUACUGGCCACAAACCAACUAUCAACUGGACAACAGAACUCAGAACAAACAGAAACGGAGGAGGAAACUUACAGGAGACGAGGCUGUGUUUCAUUACUGUUUCCAACACGCCCUCAUAGACUUCCACUUAUGACUCAGAGGUGCUCAUGACCAAUAUCACGCUGAUGGCUACUUCAAGAAAGGGUGAGGAAGUUACAGUGAGGGAGGACAGUUUUCAGAGAGCACACAGAUUUAAUAACGCAAAUAAGCAAAGCAGCAUAAAAUGGAAAGCAAAUUAAUGACAUGUUAAGCUGCUUUGUUGCUAUUGUUUCUUUUAAACAUCUGCGCCAGUCAUCAAAUUUCAGUGCGUUUUGGGAAAGUUGUUGCUGUACACUAUAGUGAUGUUGACUAAAUCUAAUCCUCCAAACGGUCAUAUAAGAAACAUCAACAGAGCUGAUAAAGGAGUAGAACUGCCCUCAAACUGGCAGCAGUGUCAGUGAGAGCAUGUUUAAAACAGAAAUGGAACAGGACCAAACUCUACUAGUGAGUGGACAGACAGAGAAAAGAAAAUGGCAUGAGAUGUAGGAGCUACAUAGGCACCUUACUGUCUGACUAAAAGUUAAAAGUAUUAAUGCCAUUAGGCCAAUUAUUAGAUUUAUUUAUUUUUGGUUGAAACAUUGAGUGCAAGUAAUUGUACCUCUGCAUGAAAUGUGAAUUUUUAUUUUUAUUUUUUUGUUUAAACAGUUCAACAAAAUCUUUACUAACCCCACUUAUUUACAUAUUAUUUUCCAAAUAUGUUUACUUUACAGACUUUCCAGCUCAGACAUUUUUUUAUUAGCAUAGAUUCAGUUUUGUACUUUGAGUGAUGCACUUUAUGGACCAUCAGUAUUCUCUUGGAUAUUACUAGGGAUGCACUGAAAUUAAAUUUCUUCCACUUUUUUCACCAAUAAAUAAAAUAAAUAGCCUAAUGUAUAUUUGCCCUUAACAUUUUAAUAUGCCAGUAGAGAUACCAACAAAUGACAACAAACAUUUACCUCAGCAGUGCUAUUAUAAUCAUACAUUUAACUCAGCAGCACAAAUAUUUGGUGCAUCCCUUGAAAUUACCUAACUAUCACCAGGGAUCAGUUUGGGAAACCUUUAUUUCUUUCUUUUUUGUCUUAUUCAGUAUUCAGUAUUUAUCCCCUUAUAGUUCUUCCUUUCAUUGUGGUAACUUAUAUCCUGCAGUUUAAAACCUGUUCCUGAAGUGGUUAUAGAUUACAGUAUACAUUGUACAGUACAUGCUAGAGAUUAAUUUAUUUUAAACUUUAUUAAACUAAUGUUAUUUUUAAAUGGAGGAAAGGUUAUAUUAAUAGUAAUCUUUGAAUUAAGUUAGCAUAUAUAAUAAACAGCUGGUGUUUUAAUUCUAAAGCAUCUUGACUUUUUGGGGAGCUUUAACUCAGGCAGCAGCUUUGUUUUUAGCUGGUGAAAAACAGUCCCACUUGUAAAAGAACCAGUUACAGCAAUGCUAGAAACAGAAUAAAAACUUUAAUUAUGGGAUCUGCAUACAACUAUACUGCCGGCAACUCUGUAUUAAAGAGGAGAGGCCUGGAUGGAGGACAACAAAGUGCGUCUGGAUUUGCUGAGGCUCAGAAGAGCAGCAGCUAAAGCCUGACUCUGGCCUGUAACAAAGACCGCAAGUUUGACCUUAAUGAAAGACAACUUGGUGGAAGGGAAAAAUAUUUAUUUUUAAUUUUGUUAGCAAUAGCUUUAUUCUGUAUUGAUGAGUACUGUAUUCUUGUCUCAUAGCGCUAUAAUGUAUCAAUUUAGGUACUUUAUUCACUGUACAUCAUGGCUGUAACAGCAAUUCAUGUGCAUUAUAUGAGUUGACCUGUAUUUUUUUUCUACUAUGAAUCCUUGGCUUUUUUGUUGCUUU